UAUUUGGCUUUAAAACCAGAGCAGAACAGAGAGAGAGCUAAGGAAAGAGACACGAAUAUAAUAUUUAUAGCACAGUGGAAGAAGAAGAAGAAGAUGAUAUUUUCUUUUUUGUGCUCAUCUCUACAAACAAAUUGUAUGCGAAAAAUUUGUUUACUUGUUUCUUUAUAGGGAAAGCCUAAAGAUUUUCGCGCUCCCUCAGCUUUUCACUCUCUGUUUCUAUUAUGACUACGUGACUUGUUUCCAAUUUUAGGGAGAGUAAUGGUGUUUGAUGCUUAAGAGAACUUAAAUUGAAGGUCUUUUUCUUUUUAAAAAAAUAAAAUUAGAAAAGGGAAAGAUUCCAUAGUCAAAUCCACCAGUAAGAAAGCUUGAGUUUUGUGAAUGAUCUUGUAUAGUCUUGUAUUUGGACAAAGGUACACAUAGAGAAUCUAUUCUUCUCAGCACUGGCUCAAUCUCAAUCUGGGAUCUCGCUGUUAUUUUUUUAACCGUUUGGGAGCUGUUCUUUUACACUUCUUUUGACCAUCUGAUUGAAGGGGGCUCAAAAAGCAAUGCUAGUUUUGUAAUGGCAGAUAGUCAGUCUUUGGCUCUGUUGUGUCUUUUUCCAUUUCGCCAAUUAGUGUUCUGUGGAUUCUUUCUUGUGUAACUUUUUUUUUUUAAGUAGAAGAAGAGCAAGCUGAGUUCUUUUUUCUGUUUCAUUCUUUGUCAAAUUUGUGCCAAGCGGAAUUUCUUGCCUUUUGAACUGAAAGGGUACUAUCUGGAUCCUGAAGAUUUCUUGUUACUAUCUGUGGAUCAAGAAAGAAAGACAACUUCUGAAUUGCGUUUGUUCUCUUGUGAUGGGAAUAUGGAUGAAAUGGUGAAAAUGGUCUUGUCAAUGGAGGCAUCUCUUCUUCUGUUAUAACUCUGGGAAGGGUAUGGUUGUCGGUGGUACAUGUUUUAUUGAAUCCAACAUGGUGGGGGCAGAGCAAUAAUGCGUGAUACUUCUUUUUGUGUCUUUAAGGCUUUUUUUCUUUGUUGGGGUCUCUCGAUGGGUUUUUUGAAAAUCUGAUCUAUUGAAGGCACAAAGAGGAGGAUUUAUAUACAAUUGUGAGUGGUGGUAAUAGUAGUUAUGAGUAGAGAGCAAAAGAGAGGAGGAAAGCAAGAGAAAGGCGGCUCAGAUGUCGCCGUGAAGGUUGUAGUUGCCGUCAAGGCAUCCAAGGAAAUUCCUAAGACUGCCUUAGUGUGGGCCUUGACUCAUGUUGUUCAAGCUGGGGACUGCAUUACUCUGCUUGUUGUUGUCCCUUCUCAUAGUCCAGGUCGAAAAUUAUGGGGUUUCCCAAGAUUUGCCGGGGACUGUGCUAGUGGUCACCGGAAGUCUCAUUCAGGAGCUACCUCAGAGCAGAGGUGCGAUAUUACUGAUUCUUGCUCCCAGAUGAUCCUUCAGCUUCAUGAUGUUUAUGAUCCGAAUAAGAUCAAUGUGAAGAUAAAAAUUGUUUCUGGAUCACCUUGUGGGUCAGUGGCUGCAGAAGCCAAGAGAGCGCUGGCCAAUUGGGUUGUAUUAGACAAACAGCUGAAGCAUGAGGAAAAGCGUUGCAUGGAAGAACUACAGUGCAACAUAGUUGUUAUGAAACGUACCCAGCCAAAGGUUCUCCGCUUAAAUUUGGUUGGAACAUCAAAGGAAGCAGAAAGUGCUAUCCCUUUACCUUCUGAACUGGAUGAGGCUCCUGAUAAACAAACCAAAAAUAAAAAUGAUUCCUCAGAUUCUAUUCGAGGACCGGUUGUGACUCCAACCAGCAGUCCUGAGUUAGGCACACCAUUUACAGCUACUGAAGUUGGAACAUCAUCUGUGUCAAGUGAUCCUGGAACUUCUCCAUUUUUUAUCUCAGACACGAAUGCAGACCUAAAGAAAGAGGAAUCAUUAGUCAUUAAGGAACAUGGGGAUGUUGAUGAAUCUAGUUCUGACACAGACAGCGAACAUUUAUCUACAGCUUCAGCAAGUUUGAGGUUCGAACCAUGGAUAGGAGAAAUCCUCAGUUCUCAUAUUCAAUCCUCGCGACACAUGGAAGAAGGUCCACAAAGAAGAACCAGUAUGGCUCAAGCAUCAACAACUAAAGCUUUGCUAGAAAAGUUCUCAAAACUUGAUAGACAAACUGGAAUUGGAAUGUCGAACUAUAGGACUGACUCAGACUUGAGUGGAAAUGUGAGAGAAGCAAUAUCAUUAUCCAGAAAUGCACCUCCUGGCCCCCCUCCGCUGUGCUCAAUAUGUCAACAUAAGGCACCUGUUUUUGGCAAACCUCCAAGGUGGUUCAGCUAUGCUGAGUUGGAGCUUGCAACUGGUGGAUUUUCACAAGCUAACUUCUUGGCAGAGGGUGGUUUUGGAUCUGUUCACAGAGGUGUGUUACCAGAUGGACAGGCAGUUGCUGUCAAGCAACACAAAUUGGCUAGCUCGCAGGGGGAUCUUGAAUUUUGCUCAGAAGUAGAAGUCUUAAGCUGUGCUCAACAUAGGAAUGUUGUUAUGUUGAUUGGGUUCUGUAUUGAGGACAAAAGAAGGCUGUUGGUAUACGAAUAUAUAUGCAAUGGAUCACUAGAUUCGCAUCUAUAUGGGCGUCAUCGGGAGCCAUUAGAGUGGUCUGCACGUCAGAGGAUUGCUGUGGGGGCUGCUCGAGGGUUGCGCUAUCUUCAUGAAGAAUGCAGAGUAGGUUGCAUUGUCCACCGUGACAUGCGGCCUAACAACAUCCUCAUUACCCAUGAUUUUGAACCACUGGUUGGGGAUUUUGGCCUGGCAAGAUGGCAGCCUGAUGGCGAUACUGGUGUUGAGACAAGAGUGAUUGGAACAUUUGGGUAUUUGGCUCCAGAAUAUGCUCAAAGUGGUCAAAUAACAGAAAAGGCUGAUGUUUAUUCCUUUGGGGUUGUAUUGGUUGAGCUUGUGACAGGAAGAAAAGCAGUGGAUCUUAACCGGCCCAAGGGCCAGCAAUGCCUCACUGAAUGGGCACGUCCUCUGUUGGAAGAAUAUGCCAUAGAUGAACUGAUUGACCCACAACUAGGGAACAACUACUCAGAACAGGAGGUUUACUGCAUGCUCCAUGCAGCAUCAUUAUGCAUACGCCGGGAUCCGCACUCUAGGCCUCGCAUGUCACAGGUUCUGCGCAUACUUGAAGGUGACAUGCUCAUGGAUUCGAAUUAUGCUUCAACACCUGGGUAUGAGGUGGGAAACCGGAGCGGCCGAAUUUGGGCCGAGCAGCAGCACCAGCACCAGCACCACCAACAACAUUACAGUGGUCCGCUGGCAAAUGAGGCAUUAGAAGGGUUCAGUAAACUCUCUUUAGAUACGCUACGGCCAGCUUUCUGGGAAAGGGAGAAGGCUAGAAGGAUUUCAUGUGAAGAUGAUUUGUAAAGUGUUAAUCAACCAUAAACUUGUAUGGUACGCUAAAUAUAUCCCUGGCCUUUUUUGCAUUCAGUAUUUGUAAUUUCUUUUUUGCCCUAAAUAGUUUGGUUCAGUGCCAUCUAGAUUUUGAUUUGUAUAGUAGAAGGGAAAGUAGGGUUAGUAAUGCUGUGUAAUUCUUUUGGUAAAUGAUAGAAGCUUAUUAAAUGCUAAUGAUGGUAUUAGUGAAAAUACAAUUUCCCUUUAAAUCAAUGAAGAAGCUUCAGCCUUUCAGGUGUA